ACUAUAUAUGCCAUCAACCUCGCAUUUGCUGUUUCAAUAAUAAAUUGAAGUGAACUAGCCACCAGCAGAUGCCCUUAGACGCGUUCAAGCCAGUUUUAACUAUGCCGUCAAUCUCGAAUUUGCUGUUCCAAUAAUAAAUUGAAGUGAACUAGCCACCAGCAGAUGUCCUUAGACGUGUUCAAGCCGACUCAAAGAAUUUGUGUCCUUUAUUUGGUAUAUGCUGGUAAUGAAGUAGCAUCUGAAUGGCAGCAAAACGUUUAUCAACAGAAGAAUUGAAUUUCUUUAAAUUUGCAUCCAUCGUUUACGAUGAAUUUCCAAGGAUGUUACGUUCGAUAUUUGUGACAUUGUGGGAUUCAAAGAUCGCGUCACCGGCAGGUCCCAAAGCUUGGGACGACACACCCGAAGUACGAAACCUUUUUUUAAAACGCGAAGGAGGUAGAACUAAAAUACCAACCAGUAAGUCGUUUGAGGAUUGGGAUUGUACUGCACUGUUUAAUGCAACCAUUUACGCCAAGACCUUUGCCACCUCGACGAUUUCGCCGACCAUCGGAAAACCGCCGACCAUCAAAACAUUGAACGAUCAAUUUAUACAGGGAAAAAUACCUAAUCCUUUCCAUUCCUCGCUGAUCAGUCUAACUGGUAACAACGAUGAAACAAGAGCUUUAGCAACCGAUCAAAUUCGACUGCUUAGAAACGCUCUAUGUCACCUCCCCCAUCCCACAAUAGAAAAAGCUACGUUUGAUAAUUAUGUUCAACUUGCUAAGGAUGCUUUUGCUGCAGUCCAAUUUCCCACAUGUCAAAUUGACUAUAUUGGUAAUCUUGAUGAGAAAGAAUUUCCAACGGAGAAAGUUGAUGAGUUGAAAAGAAAAAUUAGGGAUGCUGAACUAGAGAAUUACAAUUUUCUCAAGAAAAACGUUGACAAGAAAAAAACAACGUUGACUGAUGACUGCCAACAGAACAAGCAAUUCAUAGAAAUUAUGAAGCUGAAAAUAGACGAGAUAAUAGCAAACAGACCGGAAGCGACAAUGGAUGUAAGCUGUGAAGGAAGUCAAUUGGUAUUUCGCGUUGAUCUUGAAAACGUUGCCAAAACUUUAAUUCACUCUCCGCAGUUCCAACACGCUAUCAAGAGAUGUUUUGGGGGUGAUGAUAGAGAUGACCAAGAAUCUGAAAAAAUAAAGAAUACCGCGAAAAUGUGGAACGCAAUCAAAAAAGGAGAUACAGAGGAAGUAAGACGACUUGUUCCAGCCUAUGUAGAUGUGAACGAGAAAGUUACUGAAGAGUUGUCUUUGCUUCAUCUCGCUGCACAAUUUGGGUCUUCUUUAGACAUAGUCAAACAUUUGGUUGAACAUGGUGCCGAGGUAGCAAGCGACGACAACAGUUGCCUAGAAACAGUUCUGCACUCAGCUUGUCGCGGGGGCAGUGACACAAUUGUUCAAUACCUUCUCGAACAUGGAGCUGCGAAAGAUAUUAAUAGAAAAGAUUCUUUCGGACGUUCACCGUUCAGGGUAGCAUGCACUAAUUAUCACAUAGCUGUAGUUCGAACAUUAGUGAAGGCUCACGAUGAUGCCAGAUGUCGCAGUGAUGAAAUUAUUCUUAAGUCGGAAUCAGCUGAACCUUUGCAGGAAUAUCAAAGGAAAGAAAGAAUCAAACAAGAUUUAAACGAAAAGCAAGAGAGACAAGGAUCAGCUAGAGGGCUGUUUUCACCAAAAACGAAGAAUUUGGAAGAGGAUGAUUUUCCGAAAUGCAUCGUUAAUUCAGAAUAUAACACGAAAAGAGAAGUACAUGAAGUAAUUAGAAGCGUUGCCCCCCCUUCAUAUGUUGGCGUGAUGUCAUACCAAUCACUCAUCGAAUGCUAUGUCCACGACAUCAUAAAUCAACCCCGGGGGGUACAAGUGGUUAAAGGAGUUGAUGGUCUUAUCAUGUAUGAAUUUGACAAAUGUCGAAAUGAAGUUAGGCAAAGGCUGAAUACAGUAGAGUGGUUGCUUUUGGGCUUGGACACGAAAGUCAUCAAUGUCGUAAUGAGGAUGGGUGAUGAAUUUUUUAGAACAGGGGAUAUUGAGAUGGCAUUAAAUUUUUAUCGCGAAGCAGGUUUUUUGUUUCCCGAGACUGCUAUAUGUUUCAUAAGAGAAGCACAGUGCCUCAUCGAACUCGAUUAUUUUGACCAAGCAAAGAAAGCGUGUAAAAAAGCAAUCCGAUUUGGUGACCAAACUCAGUAUGCUGAAUUACUUCCAAUAAUUAACAUUUUCGAGCAGUACGAACGGCUGCGGGACGCUUAUGAUCUUUAUAAAUCCCUGAUGGAAAAAUAUCCCGGUAACUUGUACUUCAUGGAAAGAAUGAGAGUAUUACAAAUAUUGAUUUGGGAGAAGCCUGAAAGAGAGAAGAGUGCCAGCAAAAGACAGAAUGUUAGUAAAGGGGCUGGUGGAUUAACGAAAUCGUCUGGAGCAAAUGGCAGUCAAACAAGUGAUAAGAAGUUAGCAUCAGUCCUCAUCGAUGAUUCGAGUUCUGACGAUAUGGAUAUAUGUGACAGUGAUGAUGAUUAUGGCUGGCUGGACGAUUUAAAAUCAGAAUAUUCGUCGUUUUCAAAGGAUUCUGGCAUUCCGUCUUCAGAAUGUUCAUCCUUGUAUUCUGAAUGGGACGCUUAUUCUGAAUGUGAUGCUUAUUCAACAAAUGAAGAUGCUUAUUCAACAAAUGAAGAUCUCUCCCUAUAUCGCGGGGAAUCAGAUGAAGAACGUUAUAGAAGGGUCAAUGAGUAUCCGGGUAUACGUACAGAAGAGAAACUAUAUGAAACUAAAUCGAGCUCCACUUCAGUUAAAGCAAGCGAUCAAGUAACCAAAAUAAUUUCCUCAGUUAUGGAAAAAGAAGACAAACGAUGCACAUUCUGUGGCAUAAUGUUCCCGUCUUUGUUAGAUCUGGAAUAUCAUUCUUCAGAACCCCAGCACAAGGUCAAUGUGAUAAGACUAACGCAAAAAUUUUACGAAAAGACUAACACCAGUAAUUUUCGUCCUCCCCCUGAUGCCGUUUAUAUGGGCCGGUAUAAAGAAUGUCGCAGAUUUGAGCAAGGUUACUGUUACUUUGGUAAGAAAUGUACUUUUGCACAUGGGAAAGCAGAGUGUGAUCAUUGGAAAUCUUUGUAUAAACAUCAGGCUGACCAUCUCACAUAUCUUAAGGAGCGACAGCUCUUGACCGAAAGUUUCGGCGAGAAAGUCCGCCUUAGAAUCAAGUAUGAAGGUCUGGAUCGUGUGCUCACGAAAGAACUUUUUGGUGUAACAGUGGACUGUUCUUCACCAAUGCAAAUAAAAUUGGAAAAAAUUAAUCUUACGCACGUCAGGCAUACCUGGAUAUUUGAUGUAAAAAUUCAGAGAAUGCAUCAACCACUGCCAAGACAAGUAGCUUUUCUCAUGGAGACUCAUUUGGACAAAUUCAAACUCCUAUACCGUGGGGGAAAGCAAAGGCAAUCACCAAACUUGUACAGUGUUCAUUUUGUUGAGGGGGAUUUUAAAAACGUCGCCAGAAAUGAGUCGGCGGUACAAUUUUGUGUUCAAUUCUCGUCACGUGUUUUUGGUGAUUUCAAACAGAAGUUAGUAUUUGAUUUUGGAAAAGACAAUGUACUCGUCUGUCCACUUUUUGUGUCAGUUGUGGGAAAAUAUAUUUCUGAAGAAGAGACUUCUUCACGUACAAGAUAUUGUCACAUCGCUGAAUGGUCUGUGGACAAAAUGGAAUUGGUUCCGUGUAAAGAACUGACGGGAAUGGAUCUGGAUGGUUUAUGUGAACGGUACAGCAUUCCAAUGAACAAUCAACAGACUGAUCUUACAGAGUGUUCAGAAUUCUCUCGUGAAACAUACUUCGAUAUUUGGCACAAUAUCUUGUUUAUUGAGGAACAACACAUUCAAAAGGAGGUCGCCAGAUACGAUAUACAGGACGGCAAAAUGAAAGUAGUAAGCACCUUUAAAAGCGCUGAAUCGACAGUUUUCGUGGCACCUGGUGAAUUUUUUGGAGAAAUCUAUUUAUCUGAUUAUUUUGUUAUGGACGAAGUUGCCGGCCAUAUUAUAAAUCGCUCAGUAAUGUCUGUGAUCUUGCGACUAAAGAUGGAAAAAUCUCACAACAAGAAAGUAUAUGAAUGUUACAUUAUAUCAAAGACUUCUCAGUUGGUUGUUAUAAAAUUGAAUGAGAUUUUAUGUAAAGAACAUACAUUUGAAAAUGAUCAAGUUGUCCAAGUUGAUCUUAAGUUCAGAUACAACCAUCUUCCACUGUGUGAAAUGCACGAGGCCAUUGAUAUGUGUAAACAGAAAAUUGACAUUUUAUUUCCAAAUGUGAAGAAUUUGUCGUCACAGAAAUCAAUCCCUGACUGGCAUCUGGAAAGAAAACCAAACACAAAUCAACACAAAGCGAUUGCGAUGAUACUCGAUCCCAAUCCUACCCCGCCAAUUCUUUUGAUUGGACCGUUUGGCACUGGGAAAACCUUCACCCUGAACCUCGCUUGUGUGUCAAUUCUUAGCCAAUCUGAAGGCGAUAAAGUUCUUAUUUGCACCCAUUCAAACAGAGCAGCUGACAUUCAUCUGGAACAUUUGCAUGUAAAAAUAACAGAAAACCCAUCAUUAUGUAUUCGACCACUACGAGUGCUUAAUCUGUUUAGAAAUGUUCGGGCUGUUCCUGAAAAACUCCGGAGAUAUUGCAAUAUUGAAGAAGAAACUAACGUAAUACAGAAGCCAACGUGGAAUGUAAUCCGUGACCAUAAUGUCAUUAUAACAACUUUGGCCACCGCGCGUGUUCUGUGGGAAUAUUAUCAAGAUGGAAAAUUGCGUUUCACGCAUAUCUUAGUUGACGAGGCCGCGCAGGCCCUGGAACCCGAGUGUUUGAUCCCGCUUGUAAUGGCUGAUGAAAACACAAAGAUUGUUUUGGCGGGGGACCACAAACAGAUGAGUCCACCGGUUUAUUCAAAAUCGACAUGGCCUGAAGAGUUUGAUCCGAAGAUUUCUCUUCUUGAAAGACUAUUCUCAUAUUACAAUUCAAGCUCAUCGGUAAAAGAGGAAACCUCUUACGUUGAAACACCGUAUGUAGUCUUACUUAGUGAAAAUUACCGCUGCCACGAGAAGAUACUCGAGUUUCCUUCUGAUAACUUUUAUGGAGGCGAAUUGGUUGCCAGGGGCGACCAAACUACCUUCAAAAUGAUGCCAGUUCUUUCGUUCUACACUGCCCAAGGUGUGGAUAAACAAGAUGAAGAAGGUUUGUCGUACUAUAACGACGCUGAAGUUGCUGAAGUAGUAGCAAGAGUUGAGGAGCUUAUCUUUCUCUGGCCAGAAGACUGGGCAAAGAACAUCGGAGUACUCACGCCUUAUCGUGAUCAGGUAAAACGAAUUAGAGAAGGCUUACGAAAGAAUGGUCUUGCUUUUGUCGAUGUUGAAACUGUAGAAAACGCCCAAGGUAAGGAAUUCAAGGCGCUGUUUAUUAGCACGGUCAGAACGAUGUGGACAUGUUCGGCUAUCGAAGGACGAAACUCUGAUCCUUCCGAACUUGAUUUUGGAUUUCUUUCCGAUCCACGUUUUUUAAACACAGCCGUGACUCGUGCCCAGUCUUUGCUCGCCGUCGUCGGAGAUCCGAUGUCGCUAUGCAGUGUGGGUGCGUGCAGAGAUUUGUGGAAAGAUUAUCUCAGACGCUGCGAAGACAACAAAGGUCUGCACGGCUGCACUUUGAAGACUGUAUUGGACUUUUGUAUUCGUUCAGAGCCACUUGAUCCGAGCGCUCAGGAAUUCACAUAUUUAAAAGGUAAAAGAAGAAGAAAGAAGAAAAAAUCGAGCACAUCCUCAGCAAAACCAUGUACACCAAACAGUCAAACAGCUACGAACACAGUGUCCGUGUCGUCCGUUAUGAAGCAAGAAGAACUAAGAUGUAGAUUCUGUGAUAUAAAAUUCUCAUCCAUGUUAGAGCUUGAGUAUCAUUAUUCCGAUCCUCAGCACAAAGUCAAUGUGAUAAGACUUACGGAGAAACUUCGCAAACCUGUCAAGAAAUUUCGUCCUCCGCCUGAUGGAAUUAAUAUGGGCCGGUAUAAAGUGUGUCGAAGAUUUGUGCAAGGUUACUGUUACUUCGGUAAGAAAUGCACGUUUGCGCAUAGUGAAGAGGAACGUGAUUAUUGGAAAGCUCUACACGAACAACAAAAUAAUCAGCUUACACAGCUUAAAGAGGAACAUCUUCUAGCAGAAAGCUUUAGCGAAAAACUCCGGCGUAGAAUCAAAUGUGAAGGUCAAAACCAUGUGCUCAAGAAAGAUCUUCCUGGUGUAACAGUUAAGUGUAAUUCACCAAAGCAAAUAAAAUUGGAAAAAACGGAUCGUUCGCAAGUCGAGCAUACGUGGAUAUUUGAUGUUCGAAUCCAGAGAAAUUUUCAACUACUGCUGAGUCAAGUCGCCUUUCUUUUGGAGACCCACUUAGACAAAUUCAAACUUCUCCGUUGUAAUGAGACGACAAAGCAUUCUUCAACCGUGCAAUGUGUUCGCUUUCAGGAAGAGGAUUUCAUUGAAGACUCUGCCAAGAAUGAGUCAGCCGUGCAAUUCAGUAUUCAGUUUUCGUCAGGUGUUUUUGGUGAUUUCGAACAGAAGUUAGUGUUUGACUUCGGUCAGGGCUCCGUACUCGUUCGUCCACUCUUUGUGUCGGUCGUGAGCAAAGAUUUUUCUAGAGCAGAAUCUUCACGUACAAGAUAUUGUCACAUCGCUGAAUGGUCUGUGGACAAAAUGGAAUUGGUUCCGUGUAAAGAACUGAUGCGAUGGGAUUUGGAGGGUUUAUGUGAACGGUACAGCAUUCCAGAUAUCUUGCCUGAUCCUGCAAAGUGUCCAGCAUUCUCACGUGAAAAAUACUGCAAUAUUUGGCACCAAAUUUUGUUGAUUGAAGAAAGACACAUUCGGACAGAGGUUGCCAGAUAUGAUAUCCAAGAUGGCUUUAUGCAAGUGGUAAACAACUUCGCUUGCGCUGAAGGAACAGUUUUUGCGUUACCCGGUGAAAUGUUUGGUGUGAUCGAUUUACCAGAUUAUCUUGUUAUGGACGAAGUUGGUGGCCAUCUUAUAAAUCGCUCAGUAAUGUCUGUGAUCUUGCGACUUAAGUUGGAAAAAUCUCACAGAAAUAGAGUGUACGAAUGUAACAUCAAAUCAAAAACUUCGCAAUCGGUUAUCAUAAAACUGAAUGAGGAGUUAUGCAAAGAUUAUGAUUUUGCAUAUGAUCAAAUCGUCCAGAUCGAUCUCAAAUUAAAGUACAAUCGUCGUCCAAUGUGUGAAAUGCAUCAAGCAAUUGACUUGUGUAGAGAGAAGACCGACAUCCUACUUCCAAAUGCAAAGAAUGCAUCCUAUAAGUGCAAGAAAUUGAUCCAUGAUUGGUUUAUGGACAGAAAACCAAACCCAAAUCAACACGAAGCGAUUUCGAUGAUUCUCGAUCCCACUCCCACUCCGCCGAUUCUCGUGAUCGGGCCGUUUGGCACUGGGAAAACAUUCACCUUGAGCCUCGCUUGUGUGGCCAUUCUCAACAAAUCUAAAACAAAUAAAGUUCUCAUUUGCACCCACUCUCACAGCGCAGCGCACAUUCACCUGAAUCAUUUGGAUUCGCAGAUACAAAAAAAACCAUUAAUAAACAUUCGACCACUUCAUGUGGUUAAUUGGUUUCGAAAUGUCAACACUAUUCCUGAAAAACUGCGGAAGUAUUGCAACAUUGAAGAAGAAACCAAUGAGAUACGGGAGCCAACACUGAUUGACAUUCGUGACAAUAACGUCAUCAUUACGACUUUGGCGACCGCUCGUUUGCUGUGGAAAUUUUAUCAGGAUAAAAAAUUGUGUUUCACGCAUAUCUUAAUUGACGAGGCCGCGCAGACCCUGGAACCCGAGUCCUUGACCCCGUUUGUCAUGGCUGAUGAGAACACAAAAAUUGUGUUGGCUGGGGACCAUCAGCAGAUGGGUCCAUCAGCUUAUUCAAAAUGGAUGUGGGCUGAUGAGUUUGGUCCAAAAGUAUCUCUUCUUGAACGACUAUUUACACAUUACAAGCAAUGUAACAUAUCUUCAAAUAAACCACCAGAAGAAGGCAAUGAGGAAACCUCUUACGUUGAAACACCGUAUGUAGUCUUACUUACUGAAAACUACCGCUGCCACGAGAAGAUUCUUCAGUUUCCAUCUGAUAACUUUUAUGGAGGCGAAUUGGUUGCCAGAGGUGACCAAACUACCUACAAAAAGGUGCCAGUUCUUUCGUUCUACACUGCCCAAGGUGUGGAUAAACAAGAUGAAGAAGGUUUGUCGUACUACAACGACGCUGAAGUUGCUGAAGUAGUAGCAAGAGUUGAAGAUCUUAUCUUUCUCUGGCCAAAAAACUGGAAAAAGAACAUCGGAGUACUCACGCCUUAUCGUGAUCAGGUGAAACGAAUUCGAGAUGCAUUGCGAAAAAAAGGGCUUGGUUAUGUUGAUGUUGAAACUGUUGAGAACGUCCAAGGUAAGGAAUUCAGGGCGUUAUUUAUUAGCACGGUCAGAACGAUGUGGACUUGCUCGGUAAUCGAAGGACGAAAUGAGUACCCUUCUGAACUGGAUUUUGGAUUUCUUUCCGAUCCACGUUUUUUGAACACUGCCGUGACUCGUGCCCAGUCUUUUCUUGCCGUCGUUGGAGAUCCCAUGUCGCUAUGCAGUGUGGGUGCGUGCAGAGAUUUGUGGAAAGAUUAUCUCAGACGUUGCGAAGACAAUAAAGGUCUGCACGGCUGCACUCUUAAGGCUGUGAUGGAUUUUUGUCUGUGUUCCCAGUCUCUUGAUCCGAGCGCUCAGGAAUUCACAUAUUUAAAAGACGACAAAAAGGCAAAAGAGGGUGUUGUAGAAAAUAACGAAAAGGAUUUUCCGGAACAAACAAUCAUUGAUUCUGAACAUAACUUUACAAAAGACGACAAAAAAGCCAAAAAGACCGUUAAAAAGAGUGGGAAACAGAACUUUCUAGAAAAAAUAAUCCUUGACUCAGAAUAUAACAUAAAAGAAGAGGUACAUGAAAUAUUUAAAGGAUUUUCGUGGUUACGUGGAGCAUACGGUAUUACUGGUCCUAACAAAACAAUUCCACGCACUCAUAUUUAUUUAACUGUCAAAAGAGGAAAAAAGAAAUCCGAAGUAUUAAAGGAAAUUAAAAAGCAGUUUAAAUGUGAUCCCAGAAAAUAUUUUGAACUUUUUCGGGAACCGGAAAAGAAACCAACGUUCAAGUAUUUAUCAAAUCCAACAUCGGGAGGUAGCAUCCUGGCUGUAAAUAGAUUCAACGAGCCAGCGAAUGACGUUGAAGACGAAAAAUCAGUUACAAGUAUAGCAUCAGGAACAUUAACCAUGUUAUGUUCUCAGAAUGAUAAACACUAUGCUCUCACUUGUUUCCAUGUCGGCUGUGCAACCGAUGAGUUUUUUUCUGAAGAAGCAUUUAAUCGCAGGCAACGGUUUCUGGAUAUUCAAGGAUGCAUGGAGGGUUAUGAAAACUUUGCUAGAAGACAAGAAUAUCAUUAUCACAAAAGGGGUACGGACAAUGCAGAUCAAAAUGAAAACAUUGUUGCCAGCCUCCCCGCUAACUAUACUCGCCUAGGCCAGCUUUACAAGUGUUGCUUUCAUAGUGAAUCUGAUAUCAUGUCUAUACAAGUUGACGAAGAUGUUCAAGUUGACUGUGGUGUUGAGGAUAUAGGAAAUCCUGAUUGGGAUAGAAUAUCAGAAGAACUGCAUCGAAGAGUAAAUCGCAACAUAGGAGAUCGGGUGAUGGUGCAGAAGGUCGGUUUUUCGCCAAAUGACAAUCAUAAAGGUUACAUCGUUGAUUGUGAUUAUACCUAUAACUCUGAUGGUGAAAUUUUGUUCAGAAAUGCAAUUCUUAUUAAAGGAAUGGCCGGGACGUUUUUAGAAAAUGGUGACUCUGGGGCACUUAUAAGCUUUCUUGAUGACGAUCAAGUGAAACAAGCGUUUGCUUACGGUGUCUGUGAGGUUGAUGAUCCUUAUUCACAGGAAGCGAUGAGUUCCGACAAAGAGCUGAGUGAGGAUAGCAGUGAAUCUGGCAGUAGUGAUAAAUAUUCCUCUUCUAGCGACGACGACGAAGUCGCUUUAAACGUGAAAGCAGAUGGCAAUGAAGAGUUUUCGGCUACCCCAAAGGUGCACGAAACGAAAGAUGGGAUCGUAGAUGAUUCCGAUGAGGAAUUCGUAGUUUUUGGCGUCGAAGGUCCAUUGUUCAUUGCUUUAAACUUAAAGACAGGUUUACGGAAUCUGGAGCUUUUAGAUAAGGGAUGUUUCAGUGAAUGUGGAAAUACUCGAUAAUGUACGCUAAUCAGUUCAAAAUUGUCAUUUUAAUAUUUUUAAUCGUAGUAUAUGUCAACUGUAAUCUUAGUUGACGAGGUAUGGAUUAUUCGAGCUGUGCAUGCAACGACUGCUUGCGCUAAAAUGAAUACAAAAAAUGGGGAAAUCAUGUACAUUCAAGCAGAAUAUAUGAAAAUACAACAAAAUUCGUGUUCUGAUCGGGUACAAAAAGCACCAUUCUUUUGUGGUAAACACAGCUUUAGUAUUCUCAAACGUAUUUCACUACAAAUCUGAAUGUGUUAUGUGA